UUUUUUCUGCCCAAAAAGAGCAAAAAGGGGGACAAGAUUGUGAUAACAGGAUCAGGACCUACUGUAACAAAGACCAUCACUUGUGCUGAAAUCAUCAAAAGAAAAGUUAAAGUAAGUUCUCAAAGAGCAAUCACCCUUUAUGCUUGAGUAACAAAAAGUAUUAUAAUGAUUUGUGCUCCAAGGUAGGCAGGGAUCUAGGAUAAAUACUGAAUACAAUUUUGAAGGCACAAGCUUCUAGGGCGGUCUGGGAACAUGCUCCCCCUGGAAAUUUUUUGGAUUUUAACUCCCCAAAGUUUUCUUUUUUGGGCUUCUGAGUCAUUCAGACAGGAUAUUGGCCAGUUCCAUUCUCCUCGGAUGAAGGCUAAGGCCUUGCAAAUCAGCAGAUGAUUUCAUCAAGGUCAAUUUCCAUGUUGAAAGAAAAGGUUAUGAUAGCCUGCGUGGCAGGCGUUUGAAAGGAAAGAGGUUUUGGGGGGCUAGAGAAACGCAAGGGGCACACAAGGAAGGUGGAUGUUUGUAUAAUGCAAAAAAACAAUUCCUAUGUAGUCUCCUGGCAGGCAUUUCCCUUCCUCUUUCCUCAAACCCCCCUUUCGCACCCAAAACCCACUUUCCCUUCCCUUUCAAACGCCUGCCAUGCAGGAUGAGGUUAUGAGAAUCAAUGACAUAAUCACCAAAGGGAAACUGUUUGAUAUCUCAUCAAAUUCUCUUAACUAAUUUUUCAAAGAAAUGGAGCCAUAUAUGGAGAUCAGUUCAGAGAAGUUUAUAACUUAGUCUUUAGUAUGGCUUAAAGGGCUAAGUGUGUCACUCAACAUUCUCAACAUUUCUCACUCACUCAACAUUUCACAAAUUUGUAGGUGUUUCCAAUAUUUCAAGGUGAAAAGUAAAAAAAUGCACUUUAUUCGAGUGCCAAUCAGUAUCAUGAAAGUACUAUUACUGGGGACACUAUUUUUACAUCAUCUUCUUGAAACAGGAGUGCCAUUUUAUGUAGUCGUUUAAGCCAUACGGGCAAAAGUAACACCUUCAUUUCUCAGUUAUUUUAUGACCUUGAGUGUUGGUCCGGCCCUGGAGAUCACACCCAUGACAUCCUACUCUGCAGUCAAGUGCUCCACUGACUGAGCAGAGCAAAUUGGUUAUAUAAACAUAUCAAUUUUGAAAGCCCUGAUUUGCACAUAUUGGACUUAAAAGUCAUAUUUGAUAACUUAUAAUGAUUUAUUAUACAGUUGAACCUAUCCACAAUGGCCACCUUGGGGACAGAUGAAAGUGACCGUUGUAGAGAGGUUAAUAACACAAUAGUCAAUGUAUGGACUGUCCACCAAAAAAGUGGCCAUUGUGGAGAGGUGAUUAGUGGAGGUUUAACUGUAUCAAUUAUUCAUUAAUGUUUUUAGGCAGUUCUAGCUACCCUUGAAUUUAUUUUAAAAAAAAGUUUGUUUAAUAUGUACUAGGAGAUAUGUUCAUAUAUACCAGUAUUCAAUUACAAUGCUUACACUGUAUCUUUAUGAUAAUAUUUCCGUCUUUUUUAUUUUAAGGGAUUGCAUCAACUGAAUAAGCUGUUCUAUAUCAAGUAAGUAAUGAUCAGUCCUAUUUCUCAAAAUAAAUUUUUAAAUCUCUUGGUAAAUAUUCAGAGUUUCUUACAAAAUGUAGGUCACGAGCAUAGAAGUCAAACCCAUGAUAUCCUUGAUACCUGUCAUAAAUUUGUCUGAAAUACGGCUGAGGGUAAGAGUACCCCCACCUGAGAUUUAAGGCACAACCCCACCUCAAUGUUUCAGGGUACCCCUCUGGGAGUGGAAUAGUACCCAGUAGCCCCUGGUGGAUUACCUUUGCCUAGAGAAGAAACAUAAGAGCUGGACAGUUUAGAUACCGUAAAAUUUUGAAAAUAAGCCCCUCCAAAUAUAAACCCCCCAAACUCGUAGUGCAAAAAAACCUCUGUUAAAUUGCCCCUCCAAAUAUAAACCACCCGGGGGCUUAAACUUGGAAAAUUGCCCUCAAAUACAAAGUAAAACAAAGCAAAAACAGUAAAUUUACUUUCAACUAUAAGGCUAGCCCAAUCAAUUUCGAAAUGCAAAUUUCCCUCUGUAGAUAAGCCCCUUCGAAUAUGAGCCGCUCCAAAACUAAGCCCCUAAAAAAUGGCCUUUGAAAUGGCCAGGGGCUUAUUUUCGGAAUUUUACAGUAUUUUAUAGCUUUAAAAAAGUUUUGUUCUAAAGGGUAUACAGGAUGACAAUUGAAAAUAAACAAUUGUACACAUAGAAUUUAAGAAUGGUUAUGAGUGGGUAAAAGAGGUAUUCAUGUAUUCCAAGUCUAAUACUUGUAUGAGUUGUUAUACAUUAUGAAAAUCAAAUAAUUAUUGUUGUAAACCUAAAAAGUGUUUUUUUAUUUUGAGGCAGGAUUUAAGCACAUGAUCUCUCUUUUCCACUGCCAUGCAUUCAUUAAGAGUAUUCAAACCCUACCAUGAGCCCACCUCUCUACAGCUUCUACUGCAAAACUUUUUAUUGUUGAUCUCAAACGUCGAAACACAACAUUUCUUCACAAUAAUUAAAUUGACUUAGGCCUUGAGUAAAACAAUGUCUACAAGUACUGUGUAGAAUAUACAUUUUGUGUUAUGUUAUUCCUGUACAUUUGCAUAAUUUCUUUUAGAAUUGAAGAUACAUGGGAACCUAAAGAAGAAUCACUAGAUACGUGAGUAUCUGUAAUCCUCUAAGGCAGCAAUAUUCUUCCAGUGCAACUUGUUUACUAUUACUGAUUACGUCUCCGCAGGUAAAAUGAGAUGGGUCCAAGAAAUAUUUUUUCCCAGAUUAAAUUAAGAGGUCAUUUGGAAAUGGCAAGAAUGAUUUCUAAGAUAGCUCAGAUGAGUGCAUUGUGGUACCAAAGUACCCGUGAACAUGCUUAAUCAUUUUACAGAAAUCAUCUGGUUUGAAAAUCUUGUGCACAAGCAUUCAACAAAUGGCCUCGAGCAAAACAGAUCUACCAUGAAGUAUGGACAGUUUAGUUGAAGAUGCAAAAAAGAGUAGAAAAAAUGUAUUGUUUUCAAACAUAAGCCCAUUUUGUCUCAAGCUAAACCAAACAUUGACCCAAUGACCGGAACAUGACUGGAAAUGUCAUGACACUCAUUUAAACCGGAUGUGACUCUUUUAAUAUCGCAGUGUUCUCCUUUUUUGAUUGACCUUUGAAAUUGUAGGAGCUGACAGAGAGAGUAGUGAAAAAUUACCUUUUGGUUGAGAUCAGUCGUAAAGGAAAAUGUAUGAGCAGAUAGUGAUUGCAAUAAAAGGAUGUAUGAUGUAAGUGAGUUAUUUUGCGCCCCACAGGUUCGGUACACCAAUAUUGGCAUCAAGAAUUAAGCCAAAUAUUUUGUUUUAGAAAUAAAGAAUCUGAAAAAAUAUACUAAGAAACUGAGUAAGGCAGUCAUUCUGUUGGUCUUGCAGGCUUCAAGUGACAAAGAGAAUCCCAUCAAUAAGCAUUACUUUGUCCAAAGUUCCUUUAGAUGCAACACAACCAGGGUAAGAUAACCUUUUGGUCAAAGAGGCCCAGUGAUAAAUAUGAUCAUAGAACUUGAUAUAGAUCAAAAAUGUUGCUCAAAAAGUGACUUCUCGGUCUAUGAAACUUUAGCACGAUUAUCUUAACUUGAUCAUUAGUUUUAUGUAGGCAAACUCUCCUCGAGUUGAAUUCUUAAGAAAAAUAUCCAAGUUUAAAAAGAGCAAGAGAGAUUCAUCAUCGUAUGUUCACGUUGUCGAUAAAACGUGAAAUUAGGCAAUUCUUGUCAUAGUUGUGCAUUGAUGGCCAAGAAAUGUACAAAAAAGGGUGAUGCACAUGCAGAGUUGUUGUUUUGCUAAUCUAAACCAAUGCUUUUUGAGGUUCUCGUUGUCAUCGCCAUAGUGGCAUCUUAAACUCCCUAAUUACUGGCCAUGGUAUCCAAGAACAUGAGGUCAUAGCUAGAGUGUCCAUCUAAUGAAAUAUCCCGCCAGGGCCUGGUAAAUGGUCCUGAGGGUGACAUCUUGAGUUUAAACCUGGUCCGCUGGAACUUUCGUUCUUUAGUCUGCAAAAUUGAUCAUGACUUGGAAAACUGUCAAUACGAUCAGAUAUGCCAAACAGUUCACCUACAAACUUGCAAAUUUUUCAGUGAUAGAUAGCAAUGAGUCUGUCUUCAUAUACAGGUCAAUUUAUGCAAAUGCUUGCCUGGUUUGUCAAAGAAAAUGUUUACAAAUCCCUGUGGUAGAUUAAAAUAUAGGCCAUUUCCAUUUCCAACAACCCUCACUUUCAAAGCAAACCUAAGUUCAAAACUGUCAGUCUACUGAUAAUCAAUGACCUAUAAAUGUUUGGAAUUUUGCAUAUAAUUAUCUUUAAGGUGAUGUUACAUGGGACAAUUUGCCACAACGAUUUUUAGCACAACACAGUGUUGCAACAUUGUUGCGACAUUUGUUUCAAGAAUGGUUGCAACACUGUUCCAACAUUGCAAUGCUGUGUUGCUCAAAAAAUCAUUGUUGCGAAUCAUCCCGUGUAACAUCACCUUUACAUGUAUUGUGUUAUUCUCUCCUCUUAAGGUACCAGGCCCCGGGAAAAUCCGUAAGCCCGGUUCAGUUUGGAGAUGAAGACUGGGAACUAGCUUGGGAAAAUGAUUCUGCCAAAGCAGAGCAAAGGACUAAUAAUGGACAGUCAAAAAAUAAUAAAAAGAGGAAAAAUAAACAAAGUGAAGAUAGCAGCAAAGUUGCAAACUCUAAGGAUUCUGUAUAUGAGGUUACCCAUGGCAACUGUGAGGGCCAUUCAGAGAGGGGUGCAAAUGGAGAUGUUGCAGAAAGCCAGGAGGGACAAUUAGGGAGCAAAGUCUUGAAAAAAGAGGGAGGACAGUCAUGGAAAUCUAAAAGUACUGAUAGUCAAGAAAGUAAAAGUACACAGAAA